AUGCUGAGGCUGUGUGCAGUGUUCAUCUACCUUUUGUAUGGGGGGAAAGCAGAUCCUGAGGAGACAUGUCCUGCGUUCACAGCCCUCAGCUUCGGCAACGCCUUGGUAGGGACAGACCUGAAGGUGAAGCUGCUGCUCUACACCAGGCAGAACCAAAACUGUGCUGAAGAGCUGCAUUCAACAGACUCCAAGUAUCUCAAUGUGACCAAGAAAACCACCUUCAUCAUCCACGGAUACAGACUCACAGGCUCUGCCCCGGUCUGGAUCCCCGACCUGGUACAUCUCCUGCUUUCUGUAGAAGACAUGAACGUCAUCCUUGUGGACUGGAACCGAGGGGCAACAACUCUCAUCUACAACUAUGCUUCCAGAAACUGCAAAAAAGUUGCUGAGAUUCUGAAGAAACUUAUUGAUGAAAUGUUGGUGGCCGGAGCAUCCCUGGACUCCCUGCACAUGAUAGGAGUGAGCCUGGGGGCACACAUCUGUGGCUUCGUGGGGCAGAUGUUUGGCGGCAGGCUCGGGAGGAUCACAG